AUGAGAAACUGGUUAUGCCCCUUCUUUGGGAAUUUUCUAUAUGCCUCUUUUACCGAAUUCCUCAAUUUCCUCAAAUUUCUGAUUCACUCACACUGUCGUUUUCAGUUGGCGACGUUCCGAGGUGGCGAUUCGUUCGUAUUGUUAACCGACGAAGAUAUGCAGAAAUUGCACGAUCUGAGUUCUUACUUACGUAGUUUAGCGUUUCAGUUGCUAAUCUUCUGUACUGUUUACAGACUGUAUAUCUGUCAUUUUCAGCCAAUUAUCGGCCUGAUCGCUGCGGUCCUUAUUGUACUUUGCAUCACCGGUGUACUGUUGUCGAUGUUCUUGGCAAGAUUCUGCUGCUGUUGCGCUAAACGAAACAAGGACGUCUACCAUGUGAACACAUUACCGUCCUACAAGACUGUAGAGCCAUUAUAUGUGAUUACACCUCCUGGACAUCCAGGACGUUCUCCUCUGGGAGAUCAAAUUUAUUCAACACCGUAUUCUGGUAGCCCAUUACCGUAUCCACCACCGCCUGGUGCUAGCGUCCCCGUGACUCCGUCGUCCACCUUCAGACAUGCGGUAAACCAUGAAACGCCAACAUUCAAGAAACCACGUGUGGUUGGUUUUGUAGAAAUACUGUACUCGUUUUUCUUAGAACCUUUUCCUAUUCCUCGUGCUACACUGAUUCCUCGCAACGGACAACCGCCGUCACCUCAGGACCCGAAAGAUCUGCCAUUCCUCGAUCCAAACAGGAAACAAGAAACCCAAACAAGAGAGGAAUUGAUCUAUUGA